AUGCCUUCGCCACUUGGCCAUCUUCUACGCACUGUCUGGAAGUUCCACAGUAAUGAAGACUACAAGCUCGAUGCCGAUUUGACUCUCCGUGUUCUGCACUCUAAUAGCCUACACGAAUGGGCAGCCACACUCCCGCAGAAUACGUCGUCCAUGGACAAACCAUUGGAAAGCAUCCGAACUCUGACAGCCGUCUAUGAGGAAGUGACUCAAGCCGCUGAGUGUGUGGCCCAAGAUAUGGCCGAUGCAACGGAAGCUAUUGUGCAUCCGCAUGUGGUGACCAAACCCAUUGUCAUGUCCACGACCGAGCACACACGUAUGCUAUGCGCCCUUCUCCUGAACAAGAUCUACUACUGGAUCCGAAAAAAGUUCCCACAUUUUGGUUGGACAGACGACCCCGAAUUUGUAGCCAGCUUCAUGAGAAACAUUGAGCCAUGGCAAGUUGAACAGGCCGCUAGCAUCGACGAGUACUUGCCCGCAAGUCAUGCAGUCGGCUCUCGGUCACUCACGUUCUACACAGCCAUUAACGCUCCGUUGGACAAGUUGGAUUGUUUCCAUAAUUCGAAUACCCUGUGGCCCUGGAGUGCGGUGACGAACAACGAAUUGCCCUCAUUAGACGUCUUGUCGUACACUCCACAGCUUCUCAGUCCUGGUUGGACACUGUACGCAUCGACUGACGGAGACUCCAUACCGAAUCGGCGUCGCUACAGGGAUCUGUCCUGGUAUUUGGGCCUGAUGCUCUGGGACGAGAGUCGGUUGGCGUCAUGGAACAUUAUUGAUGUGGACGACUUCAAAGCAGUUGUUGAAUUGGGCGACGGCCUGGCGUCUGCCAAUCUUGCCGACUUGAACCGCCUGAUGCCGGUAUACAGUAGCCCGCAACCCCCAGAGCACCUUGCUGGGUAUAACAAGAGGAGAGAGACUUGCCAGAUCAUCAGGUGGACCCGUAGCAGUGUGCAAAGCUCGUUGGAGGAAUUCUUGCAGGAAGAAACGGCGCCGGCACGCAUCUUGGAUGGUCGUCAGCCUGUGCCUGUCAAGUACAUCAAAGCUGGACUUCAGUGCUACGAGUGCGGCCUGGAGGGCCAUAAUCACAUUCGAUGUGAGGAGGAGACAUGGUCUGAGGCAGAGGAGGAGACAGGAUCUAAGGCAGAGGAAUAG